CGCAGUAUAAAUUCGCGGCGUGGAUGGAUGUGUGCAAAGGUAUUUUUUUCUUCUAAAAAUAUCAGUGGGGGGAGUGAGCUGCAACUGCAAGACUUAAUUUUUCCCUUCUACAUCUUCAAAUUGAACUUCCCAUUUUCUGUUCGGAAAGUUGCGGAGCUGGGACUCCAGCUGCAAUGGGUGAGGAAGGUGCGGUGUCGGAAAAGCUCGAGCCUGUGGGUAAUGGGAAAGUGGAGGUCGAUGAAAAGGACGAUGUUGGGGGAAAGACUGAGGCUGGAAAAGAUACGAAAUGGGAGCAGCCUGAUGGGGUGACAGAAAUGGAAGAAGAUAAACAGGAGGAAGAGAAAACCGAGGCUCAGAAAAUGGAUGUAGAUAAAGAAGAGGCCAACAGGGAGAAGGCAGAGAGUGAAAAGGUAACAAAAGAAGAAGGAAUUGAAAAAAAGGAGAAGCAAGAAGAGACUCAAGCGGAUGAAGAAAAGCAUGAAGCUGUCAAAGAUGAUGGAGGAAGGGAAGAAUUUAAGGAUGAAAAAAUGGAGGAAGAAGCUGAGGAGGAUAAGGGAAAAGUGACUGAGGAAAAGGUUGAGAAGGAGGAUGUAUCUAAAGAAGAGGAAGAUAAGCAAGAAGAGACUGAAGCUGAUGAGGAAAAGCAUGAAACUGUUAAAGAUGAUGGAGGAAAGGAAGAAGUUAGGGAUGAAAAAAUGGAGGAAGAAGCUGAGGAGGAUACGGGAAAAGUGACAGAGGAGGUAAAGGAAGCGAAAGGCUCGAGGAAGCGCCCUAGAUCGAAAACUGGUGGUCGGAGAGGGGACAAGACUACGAAAAAGGAACUUGCAGAGGUGGAAAAGGAACCUGAAAAGGCGGAGGAGCAGAUAACCCCAGCUCGGAAGAAGACAAAAGAACCUAAGUCCUCAGUAGGGAAAAGGGAAAUUGAGCCCAAAACGCCCUCGGCUUUUUCUAGUGAACGUCCUGUACGCGAAAGGAAAUCUGUAGAAAGGUUGGUUGCUACUAUUGAGAAGGACACCUCUAGGGAUUUUCGUAUUGUAAAGGGUCGUGGAACUGCGCUGAAAGAUAUUCCAAAUGUGGCGUAUAAGUUGUCAAGAAAGAAGACUGAAGAGACUUUCAAAAUGCUGCAUAUGAUACUUUUUGGUAGGAGAGGAAAGGCUGCUCAAGUGAAAAACAACAUUUCGAGAUUUUCAGGAUUUGUUUGGCAUGAUAAUGAGGAAAAGCAAAUGAACAGACUCAAAGAAAAACUUGACAAGUAUGUCAAGGAGAAACUUCUAGAGUUCUGUGAUGUCCUUGACGUUCCAAUUUCAAAGGCUAGUGCAAAGAAGGAGGAUAUCAUUGUAAAGCUGACGGAUUUUUUUAUGGAACCUCAUGCUACAACCUCUGAUUUGCUUGCUGAAAAAGAGCAGGGAGCAAAGAGAAAGAGGAGUAGCAAACCUGCCUCAAGGAGUACUACGCCAUCUAAAGGUUCAGUUAAGAGUCGAAAGAAAGUUGAGAGUGAUUCUAAAAAUCGUGGGGAGGCAAAGAGUGCUUCUCUCGAAUCAGAAGAUGAAUCUGAACAAGAUAAAGGUGAAGAUUUGAAUGGUGAUCAGGACGGAUCAAAAGAGAUGUCUGAUCAAGCUGCAAGCGAGGAGAUAGGAAGUGAAUCUGAAGAGGAAUCAGUUGAGGACAAAGGGAAGAAGAAAGCAGGUUCGGCAAAGUCUUCUAUUAAAAAAGGCUCUUCUGAGAAACCCGAAACAAAGAAAGUGACAAUCUCUAAGAAGACCAGCCCACCACCCAAGAAAUUACCAGCAAAAUCACCAGACCGCUCUAAAAGCAAUAGUGAUUCAAGUUCAAAGAAGUCUUCAGUUAAGAAGAAGGAUGAAACAGUGAAGAUAUCAUCAAUUCCAAAGAAGUUGCCAUCAAAUGACAGCCCUGGGAAGAAAGUUCUGAAAAUAAAACAGAAACCCAAGGAGGAGACACUAGAGCCAAGUGAUGAUGAUCUUAGAAACUCGAUCUGUAAGAUCCUCCAGAAGGUUGAUUUCAAUAAGGCUACAUUCACUGACAUUUUGAAGUUGCUUGCAACGGAGUUCGAUACCAAUCUGGCAGCAAGGAAAUCGACAGUAAAGCUGAUGAUUCAGGAAGAGCUAACAAAACUAGCAGAUGCGGAUGCCGCCGAUGAAAAGGAUGAAGGAAAUGCAGAGAAGGAUGAAAAAGCUCCUUCUGGUAAAGGUGUCAAGGCAACGUAGUGUACACUAACUGAAUAUCCUUUUUUCUGUAGUACUGUUGUAAUGUAUGAGUGUUACUGUUUAUCAAGAAAGGCAGCUGUAAUUUAUCAACGUUAGCUAGCAUUUUUAAUUGCUUACUCAGGUUCCUUAGUUGUUCAGAGUUAACUUGUCAAGUUUGUCAUGUAAACAUUGAUAAAUUCUCCCCCUUUCGAAUUCAGUAGGACAGAAAGAUGGCCAGCUUUUUUUUUUCAGAUUAUUUAUACUAGUAUCAUAUUCCUACUA